CACGUACAAAGAAAUAGAGUGUGCAUGUGCGGGCACAAACUAUAAACAUGUGUUCUGUCACUAUCUUGUUUUUCAUUGUCGUUUAUUUAAAGUUUGUUUAAACUCGUGACUAACACAGCCAUUGUAAUUUAUUGAUUGAUUGGAAACAUUGUCUUUCAUAUCAUCUCAGUAUAAAGUUAGGAGUAGUGGAGUAAUAAUCAAUAAUGAUUAGUCGUUUGUUGAUUCUUUUUGUAGUAUAAAUAAUACCAAUGGUAUUUGUUUAUUAUUAUUAUUAUUGUUUUAUAACCAUGGGACUAUGAAAGACUAACGAUUUCCGGUUGUUUAUCAUUCUACACGUUUAAAUAUCUAAUUGUACGAAUAAGGAAUAAAGUACUUUACCCAUUAUAAUGUAAUCAUAUAAAAUGUACCGAUAUCACAAAUGAUGAAGAGGUAGCUAUCAAAUUAGAAUGCGUCAAAGCAAAACAUCCACAGCUUCAAAUUGAAGCUAAGAUUUACAAGCUUAUGCAAGGUGGUGUUGGGAUUCCUUGUUUAAAAUGGUCUGGUACAGAAGGAGACUACAAUGUUUUAGUUAUUCAAUUACUUGGUCCAAGUCUAGAAGAUUUAUUUAAUUUUUGCGGUCGAAGAUUUAAAUUAAAAACAGUACUUCUGUUAGCUGAUCAAACAAUUACACGUGUAGAAUAUAUACAGAAUAAGAAUUUUAUUCACCGCGACAUUAAACCGGAUAAUUUUCUUAUGGGUUUGGGUAAACGUGGAAACCUCGUCUAUUUAAUUGACUUUGGAUUGGCAAAAAAAUAUCGCGACAGUCGAACACGUCAACAUAUACCAUAUCGAGAGAAUAAAAAUCUUACUGGGACGGCUCGAUAUGCUAGUAUCAAUACACAUUUGGGGAUAGAACAAGCUCGUCGAGAUGAUAUGGAAUCACUUGGUUAUGUGUUAAUGUAUUUCUUACGUGGUAGUCUUCCAUGGCAAGAAGAUGCAAACACCGUGGAAGUUUUAUGUGAAGGUUAUCCAGUUGAAAUGGCUGUCUACCUUAACUAUUGUCGUGGAAUGCGUUUUGAUAACCAACCGGAUUAUUCUUAUUUAAGAAAUUUAUUUCGUGGACUAUUCCAACGUGAAGGUUUUACUUAUGAUUUUAUUUUUGAUUGGAAUCUAUUAAAAUUUUCUGGAAAUGAUCAAAAUUCCAUCAAUAAUACUACUGCUGCUGUUAAUAAUAAUAACAAUAAUAAUGGUAAUGAUCAUUUAAUUACAAAUCAACAAUCAUCCCAACCACAACAACUUGUGCAGUCUUCUCGUCGUGGUCAUCAUCAUGAUGAAAAAAUUAAAUCUCGUAACAAAGGAACAUCUGGUAAUGCGGGUUAUACUGCUCAACAGGCAAAUACACAAUUAGCUCAUAAUUCAUCAACUGCAGCAGUGAUGAAUUCUCGUUCAGGUUUUACGCAACAAGGUUUAGGCUCAGUGACUGCUUAUCCACGUGGUAUGCCACCAUCGUGUCUCCCGGCUGCGCAAAAUAUGGUCGCUCAGUCAUUACAGGUAAUGAGUCUUCAGCCACAGCCUAAUCAAAUAUCAUCUAAUACUGUCGCUCAUCAUCAUGCACAACACAUCCAAUCUCAUCCAAUCUCGAAUUCAUUAACUGGAUAUUACAAUCAGACGGUACAACAACAGCAGAAUGUUUCACAGUCUCCUCAACUAGGCACAUCACAAUUUGCUAAUCCUGCUUGUCCUUCUAACAUGUUUCUUAUGAAUAAUAAUCAUAAUAAUAGUAAUGCAAACAAUCCAAUACCAAUGACUGGUGGCCUACAACAACAACCUAAUACGAAUUUAUACCCCUCUAUUGACUCAAAUUGUACUAUUCAACAUCCAUCCCAACAACAGUCACAAAAUGUUUGUUGUCUUCCAGUACAAUCGCAACCUCAAUCCAAUCCAAAUAAUAAUAAUACUAAUCAUCAACAAGUUGUUACAUCGCGUCAAAUUGUUCAACCUAUUUCACAUCAUCCACAACAAAAUUCAUAUUUAUUAACUCAACAAAAUUCAAUCGGUCAAGUAAUCGGUGGGAAUAGUAGCGGUACAACAAAUCAUCAAAUUCAUCAUCACCAACAGCAGUUGAAUGCAUCUACAACAUUUGGUAAUCAUCCGCAUAAUUUGUAUCAUUUACGUCUUCAUCCGGAAACAUUUUAUGUGCCUGCAACAGCUAGUGGGCAGACAAGUAAUGUUAAUAAUAAUGAGAAUUUCACCUCAACACCUAUGAUUUUGCCAUCCGGACAACAAGUCGGUGGUGUUGGCAGUAAUGCAUUUCGAAAAUAAUAAUAAUCUAUUAUUGUC